AUGCGUCUUCGCAGAUUAACGAAAGCUUAUCUAUCAGCCAUCAACCAUUCGAAUUACGAAGCCGAAGCCGACAGUAGAACAUCCAGAGUGGACAGGAUCUAUUCUUUGUGUAAGUCUUGUCUUUCCUUUAUUAUUGUUUAGUGGAGAAGAUCAUCAUCGAGAACCAGAGCUGGACGACUGGGCUUUUCCCGAGAUUCUCGAACGACAAAAGCAUUGGUUAUGUCAAAGACAGUAUCUACUGUGCAUUGGCUUGUUGGACAUGUUCUAUGGCUUAUCAGUAAGUCGGAACAGGUUUUCUGCUUUAGCUAUUGUUUGGUGACGGUUAAACAAAUCUUAACUGUUAAAAUAAAAGGAAUAAGAUGCAUAAAUUUAAUAAAAAACUACAAGAAUGAAAUGACAUUGUUGUAGGCGGAUUGACGAUGAUAGAGGACGACAAACUGAACUGAGACAAACUGCAGUUAAGACCAUGAGAGGAAUAUUGUUCUCGUGGAUGCAGCAGACCGAGAAGGUAGCUUGUUUUCUACCGUUUAUGUUUAAUCUAAAGUACUACUAUAUUAAAUACUUUACACUUGAUUUUAGUUAAAUGCCUUUAAAAGUCAUAACUCUUCUGAGUUCUCGCUACACUCUCGAUUCGAUCUUCAAACUGGAUUAGAGAUUCAUGGAUCGUACAAUCAUCUUCAGAUGGACCUAGUGGCCUUGUACCUGUUGACUUUGGUUCAGCUUACUAUGGGAGGAGUACAGAUAAUAUACACAAUGGAUGAAGUCGCUUUCUUACAGAAUCUUGUAUUUUACCUUGAGAGAACUUACCGUACCCCUGAUUUUGGAAUGUGGGAAAGAGGAAGCAGAUACAACAACGGUAGGACCGAAUUGCAUGCCAGCAGUUUGGGAAUGGUUAAGGUAAGUGUUUUGGUUUAAUAGAUGACUCAAUCUUACAAGGGAAGUGUCUCACCUCAUUCCGGAGAUAUGAAUCGAGACUAGGCUCAUUUGAAAGCCUAUUUGAAUACGAAUUAAACAAAAAAAAUUUAGCUGCCGAAUAAGCCCCUGAGGCAAGUUAUGACGGUUUAAAAAUUUGCAGUGCUUUCCUUGGUUUGAGUUUGAAAACGACUGGCAGCGAGAAAGAAAACAAGGGCAACCGAUGAUUCGGUGGUUCAGUGGUUAGGUGUUGGGUUUAGGGGUAAAAGGAUAAGGGUUCGAUCCCUGCCAAUUCGUUUUGCUUUAACAGCUUCCAAAAUUUUUUUUUGUUUUUUAUACUAUAGAACAGUCAACAGGCUAGUUUUAAUCAUUUGAAUACAAAAAUUAAGCAAUUUGACAAAUUAUUAAACUUUGGAUCGAACCCUUAUCCUUUUACCCCUAAACCCAACACCUAACCACCGAAUCAUCGGUUGCCCUUGUUUUCUUUCUCGCUCCCAAUCGUUUUCAAACUCAAACCAAGGAAAGCACUGCAAAUUUUUAAACCGUCAUAACUUGCCUCAGGGGCUUAUUCGGCAGCUAAAUUUUUUUUGUUGAAUUUUUAUUCAACUAGGCUUUCAAAUGAGCCUAGUCUCGAUUCAUUUCUCCGGAAUGAGGUGAGACACUUCCCUUGUUAGUUCUUGGGGGUUACUAUUAAGUUUGCAAUUAUACUAUUAUAUUUGGUAUAUAUUGACAUAUUGUAGGCUGCUUUGGAGGCCAUCAAUGGUUUGAAUGUGUUCGGGAGCAAAGGAACAUCUGGGUCUGUCAUCUAUGUUGAUAUUGAUGGUCAUAACAGGAAUAGGACUACUUUUGAGACAAUAUUGCCUAGGGAAUCGAAUUCAAAGGUAUGGUUAAGACUUAAAAGUUGUAUAAAAUAAGAUGAAUAGCAAGUUAUCAAUAUUGUUGUAGAACACGGAUGCAUCGCUGUUAAUAGCUGUUGGUUGGCCAGCUUUCGCGACUCAUGAUGAGAAACUGUUCGAUACCACAUUCAAUAAGUGUGUGAAGCAUCUGGAAGGGAGAUACGGUCUGAAAAGGUUCUUGAGGGAUGGCUACAGAACGGAAUGUGAAGAUACGACUAAAAGAAACUACACGGAAGAAGAAACCUUCAACUUCAGAGGAAUCGAGAGCCAAUUUCCUAUGUUUUUGAUCUACAUUGUCUUGACUGGUGAGUGAAGAAAACUUUAUAUUAGGGUUUCAAUUUGGUAAAUUUGAUAUAGAUAUUAUUAUAAAUUGUCAGUUUAGCUCAUUUCAAAGGAAACGAGGUAAUGGCCGACAGAUACUGGGAGAAGUUGAACGGAUUGCUGGUCAGUUAUGAGUACGGUAGGUUGCUGAAGUAAUACUAUAAGUCUUGACCUUUUUCAUCUUUGUGACAUUUAUAAAAAAAAAUAGUCUUAAUGUCAGCGUAUAAAAUAAAAAAAUGGUCUUAAUGUCGGCGAAGAGUUACUUUUUAGGAGGUCCGUUGAUCGUGCCAGAAUGCUACUGCCUAGAAGAAGAUCACAUUGACGAGGAAAGGGAAACUCCCAACUCUCAGGACUUCUAUGCCGUGAAUCCAUCUGAAUUUGGCAUUCAUUUAUGGUCAAAUGCACUUUAUGUCAUUGCUUUGUUGGUUCGUAAGUUUAAUAGUAUAUACUAACGUAAUAUUAUUAUUGUCUUCUAGAGUUGUAAUAAGGUUGACGUGAUAAUUGUAAAUUAUUGCCUAUUUCAGGUGACAAGUUGGUUCAUUUGAGUGACCUGGACCCUGUAUACCGACAUCUUCCAGCCAGUCUCCGUCCAAAGGCAGUUAAUCGUCAUUCAGCUUUUGAGGUAAUCAAAUAAAGUAAAUGACCGUAUAUAAGUCGUCAAAAACUGUCCUAACUUUGUUCACGACCUUGUUUUAGAUAAGUAUCAUGCUUACUUUACACGAAGCUACAUUAACUUACGUUUUAGAGAGAAGACGACAACAUUUCGACGAGCUUGGGCCAAGUUUGCUCAUGGUUUCGUAGUAGUGUUAGUAGCUGUCGUAGCCGUAGUGUAGUAAUGUGUUGUUCUCGUUUGAUCGAUAUUAACCUUAACAUUUCACUUUCCCGUUAACAUUUCCGUUUUAGGGCCGAAUGGAGGGCGAUCCUGUGGUUCAGAUUGCUCUGAUAUCAGAAUCCUGCCAGCUCCAAAUGAUGUUGGCUACGUACGGAGUCUUGAGUCAGACGCCGCACGAGGUUGAGCCGGUUCAGAUAUGGCCGAGUUGGAGGAUGGUUAAGGUAUGACAAUGUUUUGCAUUAUUUAUACUGUAACUUGUUAUUAUAACACUUGAUAAGGGACUAGUUUAAAGUUGUAUGAAGUUGCAGUACCUUUUUAGGUAUUUAAUUACCUUGGUGAGAACAAACGACUGAAGAUGGGAGGUCGUCCUUCAAGACCCUUAGGACCUUUAAACACUUCGAAAAUAUACCGUAUUGGCGGAGAUACUGUAAUUUGUUAUCCUUUGACCUUCGAAUUGUCAGAUUUUUACGGAAAUGCAGAUCCAUCAACGCUCAUUGAGGAUGUUAAGCUAGGUCAUUUUGAUUAUAUUUCUAUGUAUCAUACUAUGUUCUACACAAAUUACUAUUAUGAUUAUAGUAUAAUUGCCUUAAACCCAAGCUUUUAGAGAGAUAUUGAGUUUAUUGCCAAGCGGUGGAAGUUGUCAGGUCAUCCCACCUUCUGUAUGGUGCUCAGAGAAGAGAACAUUGUGGGCGAGUACUUUGAGAAGAUGCUCGACUUGCUAGUGAGUAUGAAGAACGGGUUUGUCAACGGAAUCCGCGUCAGAAUCGGCCGAAUUCAUGUAAGUUAACAACAUACUAGCUUAUGUUCAACUUUUUUUUUAAAGUGAAAUACUUUACAUAUUAUAAGAGACCUAUCGACCACAUUUUUAGCAACUUCUGAAUACGGGCUGUGUAGAGCACCUCGACUUUGUGAAACUAGACGACAUUGACUUCGAGGUAGAUGUGUUCCAAGAAAUAGAUAUGAAGACAGCUCAUGUGAAGGCAAAGACAAGUUUAAAGACACUUACCUUGGAAUCCCAAUCCAUUCUGUCUGAGGUGAGAUCGUCAUACAACAAUGCUAUUGCUAAUCCAACUUCAAUAUUACCCACAUUAUUGUACAUUGCUCUCAUAUUUAGGAAUUGUACCAGAAGAUGGACGACCACGAACUGUUUUCGAUAAUAUCCGGAGAAGAAGUCUUGGAUAACAUCAGAGAAAUCGCGAUUGCUUUGGCUGUGAUGAUCAAACGAUACACAGGAUCGUUCAUUGUUCACGGAGGUAAGGGUCACCGUGUAAUACAUACCUUAAAGUUUAUUGUACAAUAUGAUGGGUGUAUAAUUGUAGAAACCCUGUCGGUGAGAUUAGAGAAAGUGUACAGAACGGCGUGUCAGAUGAGAUCCUGGGGGUUGGUACGGUACUGUGCCGCACAUUUGAAGAAGACUGUCACCUCGUUGGCCCCAAGUAUAACAUCGUUGUUGGUGAGAGGGAAGCAAGUUAUCGUGGGGAUGAAGGCUGGCAUCGAGAUCAACAUCAGCAGUCCGUCGACACCCGGAGAGAUCGUCAGUGCACUCUUCUCCGGCUGUCCCCAUGACCAACUCUCGGCCGCCGUCUUCCAGCAGGAGUUGAUCAUUGCUUGUGCUGAUUUGGUAUGUCGUCAUAAUGUUAAUGUGACUUAAAUUAUAUGAAAACAGGACACGUUAUGACAUUUUAUUUUGCAGAUUGUACAAAAUAACAACGCUUUCGACGGAGUAAUCACAAUUAGACUGGAGUGGCUGACAAAUGCCCUACAAUUGCUUCUGAACUACGUCAAGGACAUUGGACUGCGACCGGUCGACCUUGUCCAAUUCCUGAAUUGUAGUUGUCCAAUGAAUGUUAUCAGACAAUUGAGUAAAUUACUUUACAAGUAUUUAUAAGUAAAGUAAUCACAGCGUUAUCAAUUUAUAGUAACAUCACAUUGAUAUAACUUAUCAAUUUCAGAUAAGAUGAGCAAGAUCACGGUAUACGAUCUUCCGCCCACAAUGAUCAAAGACCUUCUGACAAUGCUGAUGACCAAGACCAAUUGGCAUUUACUACGCAAAACACAAAUACGACACUUGAACGGGGCUGUUAACAAAGUUCCUACCAACCUAUACGAACGUAUAUUCAAGAUGUUGGAGAGGAUUCAAGGCGGUAUUGUGAUUGCUGGCCAUCUUCUGCCACAGAAACCGACUCUCCAGAUCAUGACGCAGCACGAACUGACAUUCUCUUAUCACAUGGAGGCCAUGAUGAGUGAUAUACCCACACCAGAGCAGCGACAGUUGGUGGUCGAGUUGCUGUCAAUCGUGGCGACUAUGAUGGAACGCAAUCCAGAAGUUCAAAUAUCCGAUUCCCUCAACUGCGACAUCGUAGGUUUAUAUAAUUUUCGUGACAGUUCCAACAUAAUCCUUGUUUUUUGCGUUAAAAAGUAUUAUAACAUAAGCUUUUAGUUGAUACAUCGCGCCUUCCAACUCUACUGCCAAGAGUGCCAGCUACCCGCCACUACUUCGUUCGACGUAUUUUACAACGCCGAACAAGAAGUUGAACCUGUCACCUUCAUUUUACAAGUAAGUAUACCUUAUAUUAGUUACGUCAUUUAAAUAUAACAAGAAAACGUUGGAUUCAAUUAUCUUAUACCUUAUUUAACCUUCUAGGCGGUUGUGGAAAAGAUACUGUCAAAGUGUCACACCAUACUCAGACGAGCAUCCACAAACCACACGGGCGACAUCCUCGACGAAUUCAUCUUAAAACGGAAACACUCAGAUGACAUUUGCCCGAUCAGUUAG